CUCUGGUGCUCAGUAUUAUUUUUGUUUACAUUUCGCUGGAUUUGCCUUGCUCGGAGCGGCCGUUUGCGUGCUCAGCCCUGCAUAAUUCUACGCGACCCGAUCCAAUUGCUUCUUUGGGAAACCGUGCCAACGGCCUCCCGGGGGCGCAAUCGCAAAGCGGUGGUGGCAGGUCUGAUUUACUUUAUAAUUAAUCUUUAUUGGAAAAAAAGGUACAGGGCAGAUUUGGGUGGCGCUAGGCAGUUGACGAUCACACCAUCUUUUCAAUCAACCGGGCGUUUUUUGUUGUUGUUAACAAGUGGUAUUUAUUUACUUGAGUCAGCGCUGCCUUCGCUGCGGACGUGCAUUACUCUCUGCAUUGUCCUGCAUUCUGGGGGAUCCAUCGAUCGACUUACACUAAAGGUUCCACCAACAACUCAUCACGCACACAGAGAGCAAAGAGGGGAUAAUCACGAUGGAGUCUCAGAGCAGCAAUAGCAGCCAGGAUUCCCAAGACAGCACCCUUACUAUUACAGACGAGAACAGAAGAGAGAUUCUGUAUUUUGCCUAUGGAAGCAAUUUGUCUACAGAGCAGAUGCGGGAGAGAUGCCCUUACUCGACAGCCGUUGGGUUGGGGAAGAUGACGGGGUGGAAGUGGAUCAUUAACAGAAGGGGAUAUGCAAACAUUGUGAAGCUGGGAGAAGAAGACGAAGACGCUGAAAUGAGAGAAGAGGAUGAAGAAGAAGACAGCGAAGAAGACAGCGAAGAAGAAGAAGAAGUCAAGGAGCAAAAGGGCAAAGGCGUAAUGCAAACCAAUGGCCAAGAAGUGAGCGAAGUAUACGGCAUGCUCUAUCUCCUCCCGACAGAAGACGAAGAGCGCCUAGACAGAUACGAGGGCGUUCCGUGGGCCUACGAAAAGGCCUAUCUCGAAGCUGACUGGGUGAGCCACACACAGGCCAUCAGCACAAACGGCGGGACCUUUGUCAGGGAGGAAUUGACGCCGGUCAAGGUGCUGGUUUACAUUGACCGCAAGCGCACCAGAGAGGGGAAGCCCAAGGAGGAAUACGUGGGGAGGAUGGAGAGGGGGAUUCGGGAUGCGGUGGCGAAUUGGGGGAUGAGCGAGGAGUAUGCGGAGCGGGUGAUGAGGAGGUUUUGGGUGGAUGGGUGAUGAAUAGGUUGGUGAUGGUGUGGUGUUGCUGUUGCAUUGUGUUGUUUUGGGUUGUUGGUGUUGCUGUUUGCUGAGCAUUUCAUUGCCAUACUGGGAGUUGAAUAGAUUUGGAGCAAGAG